AUGUCGACCAUCUCGUCUACGCCCAUCGUCAUUGACGGCAAGGGCCACCUCCUUGGUCGUCUUGCUUCGGUUCUCGCCAAGCAGAUCCUUUCCGGCCAGAAGGUUUCGGUCGUCCGUUGCGAGGAGAUCAACGUCUCGGGCUCGUUCUUCCGUAACAAGCUCAAGUACCACGCCUACCUCCACAAGCGUCACAUUGUCAACCCCAAGAAGUCCGGUCCCUUCCACCACCGUGCUCCUUCGCGCAUCCUCUACAAGGCUGUCCGCGGUAUGGUCCCCCACAAGACCUCGCGUGGUGCCGCCGCCCUCCGCCGCCUUGAGCUCUACGAGGGUGUCCCCCCUGCCCAGGACAAGGUCAAGAAGGUCGUCGUCCCCGCCGCCCUCCGUGUCCUCCGCCUGAAGCCCGGCCGCAAGUACGCCACCCUCAAGCGCAUCUCGCACGAGGUCGGAUGGGGCUACAAGGACGUUGUCGACCGUCUCGAGGAGAAGAGGAAGGUCAAGGGCCAGGCCUACUUCGAGCGCAAGCAGGCUGCUCGCAAGGUCCGCGCCAAGGCCCUCGCCUCUGUUCCCCAGAACGAGACUCUCGCCAAGUUCGGCUACUAA